AUGUCUACCAUAAUAUUCGUUCUUAUUUUAACUUCAACUUUUCGACUCAUUAAUUCUCAACUAUGUUCCAGACGAGAUGAAUGUACACAGGAUGAUAUUAGUCGAUCUACUUCAAUAUUUAAUGAUGCACAAUAUUUUCAAAGUAGAAAUUGUUUUUGCGAUAAUCUAUGUUUAACAUACGAUGAUUGUUGUGAAAAUAUUAAAACAUCAAAUUCUUCUAUAAAGGUAUCCAAUUAUGAAUGUAUUGAUUUUCUCUCUCAUAAUUCUGAUGUGGAUCCAAAUAGUCUAACAAUUUCAGUUUGGAUGACUGUUCGUUGUUUACCAAAUUAUUUUGGUACAAAAGCUGAUAAUCAAUGUCAAAGUUAUCGAACAAAAACAUUGUCCGAUGAUCCAACACUAUUCAUACCUGUUACUAGUACUCAGACAAAUGUCACUUAUCGUAAUUAUUUUUGUGCCUAUUGUAACAAUGAUAUUCAAUCACUUGUGUCAUGGUCAUACAAAUCAUUGUGUGAUGCAAAUCUAAUGAAUGUCAAUGAAUUUAUGGUUAAUACAACAGAGAUCUUUUUUAGUUUUUUAAAUUUAACAAAAAAUUGUAUGAAAAUGAUUUACUAUCCAAUGUUUGAUGAUGGUAGUUUAAUUCCAUCAGUGCUCAUUCGACCAUGUAAACAAUUUAUUCAAAAUACUUGUCCAAAUAAUUCAUCUCUUGCAUUCAAAUGUAAUUCAAUAAAUGCCUAUCGUUAUUUGAAUAUAACACAGUCAAAUCAAAUCAUCACAUAUCGAAAUGAAUAUUGUCUUCUUUGUCAACAAAAUAGAACAUUUAUUAAUAAUAAUACUGAUACAUGUAAUGGUCCUUAUUAUCAGUUAGCUGCUAUGCCAUCUCAUUUAGUCCGUUAUCAACCACUCUCCAUUCUGUUUGAUUCAGAUUUAUUGAGUAAACGGAUGCAAUAUUCUACCGAAUAUUCAUGUACUAAUAAAAAUAAAGUGUAUGAUAUAUUUGGACAUGAUUAUUCGACAAUGUCGAAUAUUCAUCAAGAUAUUAUUAAUGCUAUGAAAUGUCAAAUACCUGUUCGAAUUCUAAAAAAUUCUGUUAAAAUAUUGAAUAAUGGAAGUAUUCUAUUUGAAAAUUUUUCGAUACAAAUAAAUAGAGAAGAUUAUUUAUACGAAUCAUCUGAUAUACUUAUAGUCUGUAGUGAAAAAUAUUCGACUAUUGUUUUUAAUCAAUGUCAAGAUAAAAUGAUACCGCUAUUUCCAUUCUAUCGUACUACUCUCUCACUUGUUUGUACAAUUAUUUCGUUAACAAGUUUAAUUCUAUGUGUUAUUAUUUAUUCGCUUGUACCAUUAUUACGUAAUAUUCCCGGUAAAUGUUUAUUAUUAUUAGUUAUUUCCUUAUUUAUAGCACAAUUAUUUUUUAUUACAACCGCCGAUCUUAUAAAAUAUUCACAAUUUUGUAUUUUUUCCGGUAUUAUUAUUCAUUAUUUCUAUAUAGCCAUGUUUGCAUGGUUAACAGCCAUCUCAUUCGAUUUGUGGAUUACUUUUGGAAAAAUGACAGUAAAAGAUUCAAAUCAAGUAUCUAAACGUUUUCUUUAUUACAAUAUGUUUGUUUGGUUAUUUAGUUUUGUGAUAGUGUUCAUCUCGAUUAUACUUCACUUUACUAAUUAUUCAAAUUCAUUUUCACCUGAAUAUGGAAAAAUUUUUUGUUCAAUAUCGCAGCCUAAUGCUAUGAUUACAUUUUUUCUCAUUCCUAUUGGAUGUUUACUUGUCGUUAUUUUCUGUUUAUUUAUAAUAACAAUUUAUAAUAUUCGAAAAACUAAUAAAAUAACUAAAUUUGCUCGUAAUAAUUCUAAUAGUGAAAUACAUUUAAUAGUAUACGUUCGUUUGGCAUCAUUGAUGGGUUUAAAUUGGUUAUUAUUAAUUUUAAGUAUAACAUUAAGAUACGAAUGGAUGUGGAUUAUAUUCGAAUGUGUUAAUUCGAUGCCCGGUGUUUAUUUAUGCAUUGGAUUUUUAUGCAAUAAACGUUUAUUGAAAAGUUUAAGACAAAUAUUGCACGGUUAUAAAUUGAAAGCACAAUCAUCAAUACUUGGAAGAACAACCUCGUCAUCAUCGACAACAACAACAACAACAACAACAACAACAGCAAAUUUAAAACAAAAUUAUCAUCAACAGACAAUGUAA